GGCGAAACACUACUGAAAAGGAACGAGAGAGCCAAAGCCACCCAGAAACCUUACGAAAGACCGAAACGCAAGCCCCACAUCUGUAUGCACUUCAAAAAGAAACCGAAAGUGAUGCAUCAUAGGCACGACCAGAAGUUCACGAAACCGGUCUUGGUCCUAACGAGUGAAGACAGCGAUAGUAGCUCCGAGAGCGAUUGGUGCAGCUCAGAUGACGAAGAGAAUUUGACUGAGCUCGAAAUCAAGAAACAGCAUCCGUAUCGUUUACACGAAGAACUCUGGUUCAAUGACUCCGGAGAGAUGAACGACGGACCAUUGUGCCGCUGCAGUAUAAAAUCUCGCCGGUCGGGUAUCCGUCACAACUGUUUCCCAGGAGAAACGGCGCCGAACCCGGCUUGUGACCCGAACCUGAACAAUGCGGAUAAAUUAUUCCAUUAUCGCAUUUUUAUCAGUCCUAAGACGAACUUUGUGCUGAAGAAAUUCCCGACUGUGAUCAAGCACGAUAAGCAAGAGUAUAUUUUCGAGGGAUUCUCACUGUUCUCGCAUUAUAAGCUCCCCGAGAAUUUGCCCUCUUGCCGGAUAAUCCGUUAUAACAUAGAGUAUUUGAUCGCCUACAUUCCCGAAGAGUGCCCGGAUAACUUCACUGUGGGAGGGCUCGAUCUGCUCACAGAAUAUCUAUUCAAAGAAAUACUCGAGCUCGUCGAUGUGAAUUGGAAGCUCAACGACCAAGAUGGGGGUUGCCCCCAAUUCCACUUGAUGCCGAGAUUCGUUCGGCCGCUGGUUGAGAAGGGCAAGGAACUUCUCUCGCUCAACUACGUAAUCCAUCACCUCCUGAGGAAUAGCAAGCCCCUAGUCCCGGCGGAAGCAAUUCCGCGUCUCGUGAGGUUCUCCGACAAUGACUACAUCGACUAUGUCGAAACAAAUGUCAAAGCUCAAAUUGUUGUGAAACCCGGAAUGAAACCCUGUGCAAUGAGAGUCGAUCAGCUAGACCGGGAGAACUCGCUCGAAAAAGCCACCGAGUUCCCGGAGAUCAUCCACUUCGGCAUGCGUCCCGCUCAACUCAGCUACGCCGGGAACCCGCAGUAUCAGAAAGCGUUUAAAGAUUUGACGAAAUUCAAGAAGUAUCUCGCCACGAAACCGAGGGUCGAUUAUCGAGACAAGGCAAAGCUUGCCAAAAAAGAGAAAGCUGUCAUGGAACUGAAACAAGCCAAAGAUCUGAAACGGGACGUGACCGUCGUCGCGAGUUCCGCUGGAUUCCUCCGGACAGGAAUCCGAUCAGACGUAGUUCAGCACGCCCUCAUCAUUCCGGUGCUGAUUGGGCAUCUACGAUUCCAUCGGUCCCUCCACGAAUUGGAGAAAAAUCUCAAGCUCAAGUUCAACGACCGGCUUCUGUUACAGCUGGCGCUCACGCAUCCGUCGUACAGGGAGAACUUCGGGACGAAUCCAGAUCACGCGCGAAACGCCAUGAGCAACUGCGGAAUGCGUCAACCGAAGUAUGGGGACCGGAGAGUCUUGUAUUUAUACUCGAGGAAACGAGGGAUCAAGAUGCUCUUGUCCAUCAUGUCUCGUUUGGCGAAGGACAUCGAAACCGCAUCGACAAUGCACCAUUACGAACGUCUCGAGUUCCUGGGCGAUGCCGUUAUCGAGUUCCUAUCGUCGAUACAUCUGUUCCACAUGUUCCCCGAGGUCGAAGAAGGGGGGCUGGCGACGUACAGAGCGGCGCUUGUGCAGAACCAGCAUCUGGCCAUCCUCGCCAAGAAACUACAACUCGAUGAGUUCAUGCUCUACGCCCACGGUUCCGACCUUUGCCACGAUUUGGAGCUGAAGCACGCGAUGGCAAACUCCUUCGAAGCAUUGAUGGGCGCAAUUUUCCUCGACCACGGCAUCAAUGAAGUCGAUCGCGUCUUCGGGGAAACUCUCUUCGGCCACGACCCCAAACUCCUGGUCAGGUGGAGGAACUACAGUCGACAUCCCCUCCAGCUCCAGGAGCCGGACGGCGACCGUCACUGGAUCGAGCACUAUCCGAUAUUGCAGAAAAUGACCGUUUUCGAGAAAAAAAUCGGAGUCGAGUUCACCCAUAUCCGUCUGCUCGCCCGAGCCUUCACCCACCGUUCCGUCGGAUUCAACAAUUUGACACUAGGCUCAAAUCAACGACUGGAGUUCUUGGGAGACACGGUCCUCCAACUUGUUUCGUCGGAAUAUCUCUACAAAUUUUUCCCUGAACAUCAUGAGGGUCAUCUGUCGCUGUUGCGCAGCUCCAUCGUCAACAAUCGUACUCAAUCGGUGGUACACGACGAUCUCGGAAUGUUGGAGUGCUCCCUAUAUCCUUCGUCGGCGAGCGGUCUGAAAAUGAAAGAUCGCGCCGAUAUCCUUGAAGCCUUCUUGGGAGCGCUCUACGUAGACAAAGGCUUGGAGUACUGCCGUCGAUUUUGUCAGGUUGUGUUCUUCCCUCGCCUUGAGCAAUUCAUCCGCAAUCAAGACUGGAACGAUCCGAAGUCUAAGCUCCAACAGUGCUGUCUGACACUGAGGCACAUGAGUAACGGACAGCCAGAAAUUCCGCUGUACAAAGUGAUAGACUCGAGCGGGCCCACCAACACGCGACGGUACAUCGUUGCAGUCUACUUCAGAGGAAAGCGGAUGGCGACUUCUUCCGGACACAGUAUCAAGUAA